GGCAAGUCGUUCCACUUAUUAAUUGUUCUAACUGUCAGGAAAUUUCUCCUUAGUUCUAAGUUGCUUCUUUCUUUGAUCAGUUUCCACCGAUUGCUUCUUGUUCUACCCUCAGGUGCUUUGGAGAACAGCCCGACUCCCUCUUCUUUGUGGCAGUCCCUGAGAUAUUGGAACACAGCUAUCAUGUCUCCCCUAGUCCUUCUUUUUGUUAAACUAGACAUACCCAGUUCCUGCAACCGUUCUUCAUGUUUUAUCCUCCAGUCCCCUAAUCAUCUUUGUUGCUCUUCUCUGCACUCUUUCUAGAGUCUCAACAUCUUUUUUACAUCGUGGCGACCAAAACUGGAUGCAAUAUUCCAAGUGUGGCCUUACCAAGGCAUUAUAAAGUGGCACUAACACUUCACGUGAUCUUGAUUCUAUCCCUCUGUUUAUGCAGCCCAGAACUGUGUUGGCUUUUUUAGCAGCUGCUGCACACUGCUGGCUCAUAUCUAAAUGGUUAUCCACUAGGACUCCAAGAUCCCUCUCACAUGUAUUGAAUUAAAAAAUAAAAAUUGACAGAAAUCUCCAUUUUUCCAGAUUGUGACUUCCCUGCUUGUGUUCCAUCUUCCACACUGAAGACCGAAGUUCUCAACAACCGCAAGACACAAGCUGUGUUUCCCAGAGAGCCUCCUGGUUCUUCUCUUCUGACUGUCCGGCAGUUUCUGACAGGAUUUGGACCCUUUUGAGGCCUCCUCCAAUCUCUGCCCAGCCUUCAGGGCGGCUGUUCUUGAGGGAAGUGAGUUCAAAUCCUCCAAAGAGAUUUUUCUCCAUCUCCACAAACGGUUCCUGGACAGGAAGGAGGAAGAUGGAGAAAGUGCCGCCUCUGGAAACGUUGCAGCCUUUGUCUGCCAGGGAGCCACGGAGAGGGGCCUUUCCCCCUACUCCCAAGCCCAUCAUCCCCAUCCUCUCCCUUCCCCUCAGAAGCGUUCCUCUUUCCCGCGCUUUCUAGAUUGCUGGCAUUUUGAAGGAAACGUCAUGCGCUUCCCCAUUGGUCCACUGGAGGGUGAACGUCACAGCUGCCUUUCCAGAGGAGACUAGGAAGGAAAUGACAUCACAAACGCUUGCCGCUCUAGGAUUCCGCACUCGCUCUCCUUAACCCCUGGGGCUCCGCAAGAGGCGGAGAGGCUGCGGGAGAGUCUGGCGGGGGGAGAUCCAGAGGUUCUCCGGAAACUUGAAGCCAUUUGAAAUCUCUGCAAGAGAGAGAAAAGAUGGAGACACAACCUUUUGGAAAGGAGGGAGCCGGAAAAGGCCCUUCAGCUGCUCAGCCUGGGAAUGGGGGGAAGCUCUGGACAAGGACCAGGCAGAAGAUCCUGGAGGAGGAAACCAUCCUCCCUUCAGAAGUUCAGCCCUGGAAUUUCAUCCAAUAUCGGGAGGCUGAGGGUCCCCGAGGACUUUGCAGCCGACUCCAUGACUUUUGCAGGCGAUGGUUGAGAUCAGAAAAGCACACCAAAGCCCAGAUGCUGGACCUGGUGGUUCUGGAGCAGCUCCUGGCUCUUCUGCCCCCAGAAAUGGAGGGCUGGGUGCGGGAGUAUGGAGCAGAGACCAGUUCCCAGGCGGUGGCCCUGGUGGAAGGCUUCCUCCUGAGCCAGACAGAGAAACAGAAGGAGCAGGUCGAGGUGCAGUGCUGCUCUGUGGAGAUCAGAGAUCCUGAGGGAAAGAAGAACCCAUCAAACUCCCCUCAGGAGCAAUUUUUCAGGAGGAUCCCUUGGGAAGAACAAAGUCAGGACAGCUCAGGAGAGAAAGAAAGAAUGAAAUUUUCUGGUUUUUAUGACGACGAUCAAACAACGGUUGAACCUCUAAAUCAAGAGAGUCUGGUGUCCUUCAAGGAGGUGGCUGUGUAUUUCUCUGAGGAGGAAUGGUCUCAACUGGAUCCUGACCAAAAAGCGCUGCAUUUCGAAGUCAUGCUUGAAAACCAUCAGAACGUGGUCUCUCUGGGUAAUAAUGGUCAGGAGAAUCAAGAUUGCUGUGAACUGUUCCAAGUGAUCAAUGCUAAAGAUGGAAUGGGAAAGUUUAGAAUUCGAACGGAAUUAGAAACCCAUGAUAGAAACCAGUCAAAUGAUUGGAAACCUUACCAAUGUUUGGAAUGUGGAACAUGUUUUAGAACAAGCAGGCAACUUAAUUCCCAUGAAAGGAUUCACACUGAGGAGAAGCUAUACAAAUGCAGAGAGUCUGGUAACAGGUUCAGAAGUCAUAGUAAUCUUAUUUCCCAUAAAAGGAUCCACUCAGGAGAAAAGCCGUAUAAAUGCAUGGAAUGUGGAAAGACGUUUGCUCAAAGAGGUGAACUUAUCUCCCAUAAGAGGAUCCACACAGGGGAGAAGCCAUAUAAAUGCAUCGAGUGUGGAAAGACCUUUGCUCAAAGUGCUCAUCUUAUUCGCCAUAAGAGGAUCCACACAGGGGAGAAGCCAUAUAAAUGCAUGGAGUGUGGAAAAAUGUUUAAGCGUAGCAGUGGACUCAAUAAUCACAAUAAGCUCCACAGAAGAGAAAAGUCCUAUAAAUGCAUCGAAUAUGGAAAGACCUUUGCUCAAAGAGGUAAUCUUAUUUCCCAUAAGAGGAUCCACACAGGGGAGAAGCCGUAUAAAUGCAUGGAGUGUGGAAAGACCUUUGCUCAAGGAAGUCAUCUUAUUCGUCAUAAAACGAUCCACACAGGGGAGAAGCCGUACAAAUGCAUGGAGUGUGGAGGGACCUUUGCUGAAAGAGGUAAUCUUAUUCGGCAUAUGAGGAUCCACACAGGGGAAAAGCCGUACAAAUGCAUGGAGUGUGGGAAAAUGUUGUUGCAUAGCGGUGGACUCAGUAACCACAAUAAGCUCCACACAAGAGAAAAGUCCUAUAAAUGCAUGGAGUGUGGAAAGGCCUUUGUUCACAGCAGUGGACUUACUAACCACAAAAAGUUCCAUACAGGGGAGAAGCCGUAUAAAUGCAUGGAAUGUGGAAAGACCUUUGCUCAAAGAAGGGAUCUUAUUCGCCAUAAGAGGAUCCACACAGGGGAGAAGCCGUAUAAAUGUAUGGAGUGUGGAAAGACCUUUGCUUAUAGUAAUGUACUUUCUAUCCACAAAAAGAUCCACACAGGGGAAAAGCCAUUUAAAUGCAUGGAGUGUGGAAGGACCUUUGCUCGAAGAGGUCAUCUUAUUCGCCAUAAGGUGAUCCACACUGGGGAGAAGCCAUAUAAAUGCAUGGAGUGUGGAAAGACCUUUGCUCAAAGAGGUGAUCUUAUUUCCCAUAAGAGGAUCCACACAGGGGAGAAGCCAUAUAAAUGCAUGCAGUGUGGGAAAAUCUUUACGCAAAGCAGUGGACUCAGUAGCCACAAAAAGAUCCACACAGAAGAAAAGUCGUAUAAAUGCAUGGAGUGUGGAAAGAUCUUUGCUCAAAGAGGUCAUCUUAUUUCCCAUAAGAGGAUCCACACAGGGGAAAAGCCAUAUAAAUGCAUGGAGUGUGGAAAGACCUUUGCUCAAAGAGGUCAUCUUACUCGCCAUAAGGUGAUCCACACUGGGGAGAAGCCGUAUAAAUGUAUGGAGUGUGGAAAGACCUUUGCUCAAAGAGGUGAUCUUAUUCGCCAUAAGGUGAUCCACACUGGGGAGAAGCCGUAUAAAUGUAUGGUGUGUGGAAAGACCUUUGCUCAAAGAGGUGAUCUUAUUCGCCAUAAGGUGAUCCACACUGGGGAGAAGCCGUAUAAAUGUAUGGAGUGUGGAAAGACCUUUGCUCAAAGUGCUCAUCUUAUUCGCCAUAAGGUGAUCCACACUGGAGAGAAGCCAUAUAAAUGCAUGGAAUGUGGAAAGACGUUUGCUCAAAGAGGUGAACUUAUUUCCCAUAAGAGGAUCCACACAGGGGAGAAGCCAUAUAAAUGCAUCGAGUGUGGAAAGACCUUUGCUCAAAGUGCUCAUCUUAUUCGCCAUAAGAGGAUCCACACAGGUGAGAAGCCAUAUAAAUGCAUCGAGUGUGGAAAGACCUUUGCUCAAAGUGCUCAUCUUAUUCGCCAUAAGGUGAUCCACACUGGGGAGAAGCCGUAUAAAUGUAUGGAGUGUGGAAAGACCUUUGCUCAAAGAGGUGAUCUUAUUUCCCAUAAGAGGAUCCACACAGGGGAGAAGCCAUAUAAAUGCAUGGAGUGUGGAAAGUGCUUUGCUCAGAGUGGAUGUCUUUCUUCUCAUAAAUGGAUCCAUGCUCAUGAGAAACUAUAUAACAAUAGUAAUUCCACUUAGACUUAUAUACCACUCCACAAUGCUUUACAAUACUAUCUGAGCAGUUUACAAAGUCAGCAUAUGGUCGGUCCCCAGCAGCCUGCAUCCUCAUUUUACUGACCUCAGAAGGAUGAAAGGCUGAAUCAACCAUGUGCCUGUCCGAAUCAAACUCCUGGCUGUGGGCAAUUAGCCUGUAGUACUGUAUUCUAGCCACUGCCCUAAGGUGGCAUACAUAAAACCAUUCAGACCACAGAUACACAUAGCAGGCCUCAAGCCCUGGGAAAAGAAACUUUGGUCAACUCUCAUAUAUAAGGAAAUGCUUUGUCAGCUAUAUUAAAGGAACUGCUUUCUCAGGCUGAUGGACGACCACAGCCCUGCCAGGAUAUACCCAUAAAUAAAUGUGCUGAGCAUAGAUAACUAUAUCUUCCUGUCAUGCAUCAACUGAACUCUGGUAUCAGAACAAACAUAUUGUCUUGCCACCCCCAAUGUUUGGUAUCAAUUCCUCAAAACUCAUUUACUGGAAUUAUAACCAUAUAUGGAAUGUAACAUGCUGAGCAAUGUAUACGCUGAUUAUACGUAACGGAAAAGUAUAUAUAUCUCUGUUGGAAAGUCCCUGAUUUUGUUCAGACCCUCAGCUUUGUUCUGUUCCCUGAACCAAUGCAUAUAUAAUAAACCUUUCCUUCCCAGAAGAGCUGGCUUGUGUCUCUUCAUUCUACAACAGCUUCGCUGGCACCCCAGAUGGGACACUAAGCGAGACGACAUCUCGUUGAAGGCGGCUCGACCCCUCGGACCCUCUCAGGGGCCACUCCUGAACAUUCUCCAGGUGCCACGGGGGUACGUCCUCCGGGAGACGGUGGUGACACCUCGGUGGGACCGACGGUGCUGAGAGUUCAUCCAAGAACUCUUGCGGGAAGGAACGGAGGUCUGAACCGAAUCCUGGCCAGGACGCGCGUGUGUGAAAACAUCGCAGGCGAGUAUAUAUAACUUGUUGGUGUACCUAUCUCGUUUGAAGAUAGAAGAGGGGGCUUGAUCUCCCCCCUGGACUCGGGACGGCGAGGGAGAAGAAGCCGAGGCUCCGGCAGCAAGAAUGGAGCUUGCCGUAGGGGUAAUGAGAAGGGCAGCCGCCGCCAAGGCUGAAGCCGCGGCAGCUGCAGCCCAGGAUGAGUUUGUGGCACCGUUAAGGCAGAUGGACCACAAGUGGUAAACCCUCAGGGAGUGGUUGAGUACCGACCGUGUUUUCAAUACGUUCCUUUCUCGACAACUGACCUUUUAAACUGGAAACAGCAUUAUGGGCCAUUAUCCAGUAAGCCAACGGAAAUGGCCGAUCUGUUUCAAACCAUCAUGCAAACACAUAACCCCAAUUGGCAGGAUGUGCAGCAGUUAUUGAACACGCUGUUGACACCUGAGGAAAAGGAGAAGUGGAAAGCGGCAGUUAGGGUUUGUAUGAGGGAACGGUUUCCAAAUAUGGCAGAUGUGGGACCAGAGUUGGCGGCAUGAGCUCCCGAGCACAACCCUGGAUGGGAUCCAAAGGAGGCGGAUCAAAUGACGUGGUUGCGAGAAUUCCAAAAUCUGACCGUGGAGGCAUUGAGAAAGGCAGGGAAGCCUCCGGUCAACAUGUCCAAGCCUUCUUUGAUAAUGCAGAAGGCGGAUGAGAGCCCUGAAAGCUUUCUACAAAGGCUGAUAGAGGCAUACGAGUUGUAUACCCAAGUAGACCCGCGGCAACCGGAGAAUGUGCGUAUGUUGAAUGAAAGAUUCAUAGCGCAGAGUUAUGACGACAUCGGGAAGAAGUUACAGAAGCUAGAGGGAGCUUUGGGGAAGAAUACCACUGAGUUGCUGGAAGUGGCGCGGAAAGUGUUUGUGAAUAGGGAUAAAGUGGAGAAGAGAGAAAAGGAUGCUCGAAUGCAUAAGAAAACAGAAUUGUUGGCAGUAGCUUUACAAGGAGGACGGGUUUUGGGCCCCAACCAGUGUGCGCAUUGCAGGGCAGAGGGACAUUGGCAGAGAGACUGCCCGAGGAGAUUAAUGAGGGGACGUGUGGUGAGAGGCAGCCGGCCCGGCGCUGGCCAGGCUGGAGGUGGUCGAGGCCUGGUGGGAAGAGGUGGAUAUGCACCACAAUUCCCAUCAGGGAGACGAGGUUUUGGAAGUAGAGGAACAAGAGGAGGACGAGGCAGAGGAAAUGUAGGAGUGGAAGAAAUAGAGGAGAUUGGUCUUGCCGGAACAGGAUGGUCGGACUGACGGGG